AUGGCGGACAAAGUGCAGCACCCCUCAUCUCUUCCAGAGCUGCAAGCUCUCUUCUCAAACACGACCUACGUAGCUGUCGACUUCUUCGCCGAUUGGUGCCCACCUUGCAAGCAAAUUGCGCCCAUCUGGACCAAGCUGGCAGAGCAGCACAGCGUGCCUGGCCAGCUGGCUUUUGCCAAGGUGAACGUUGACCACGCGCAGGACAUCGCACGGGCCUAUCAGAUCACCGCGAUGCCCACGUUCAUGUUUUUCAAAGAGGGCAAGCAGGUCGCAGUUCAUGGCCAGGCAAAGGUUCAGGGCGCCGACCCAAGAACACUGAUGGCCGCAGCAGAGAAGUUGGGUGGGCUGGCCAAGAAGCGUGCUGCGGAGGCUGGCAAGGCAUAG